AUGAGACAAAGGGUACCAUUCCGUUUCUCUGAAGACGAGGACCAGGAGGAUCAUAUCCUGGACGAGCAAGAGCAAGAGGCGGUCAUCGACCGUUUACGCCAGACGAGUGCUAGCUCGAACGCGAUAUACCUCUUAGGACUGCAGGCAGCCAUAGGCCUUUCAUUUCUCUUACACGCCCUAUAUGCAUUCCGCUCUCCAAAACGCUCCCCUUUUGCCGUCCUUUUCCCCGACGUGCCCUCAGAAGCACCUGUGCCUCUUGCUAGUCUGUUGGUUUUGCUCCAAACAGCGAUUCAAUGCAACCUGAGCCUAAACGUGCUUCCUCCGAACCACUGGCUACGGCACGCGGUACAGACAAAUGCUCUCCCACCAUCCUUUCGACCGCCCAUUCCACUCUCCCACCCUGUCACUAUCAUCCUGCCACUCGUAGCACCCGUGUAUGCCCUACUGUUGGGCCAGGGUUGGAUUGAUGUCCUCUGGUGGAGUACGGCAGGCAUCCUCACAGGUAUAGUCGCCGUCGCUCUGCAGUGGAUGAAGGAGGCAGAGGCUGCGCUCGCAGAGCUGGAGAAGCUGCGCUACGUGGCGAGAGGUGCUUAA